GCGAUGUCGAGCUGGCUUUAGCAACCGGUGACUGCUCCUUUGCCCCAAGUGGAAAUGGCAGCUCCGGAGGGAGAUGGUGGGUUACAGCCAGAGGAACUCAGCGGAGCUCAGAUCGUAGCAGAAGCACUGAGAGGGCAGAAUCUUCGGUAUAUGUUUGGGAUUGUUGGUAUACCAGUGAUAGAAAUAGCCAUGGCAGCCCAAGCUGCUGGGAUUAAAUACAUUGGAAUGAGAAAUGAGCAAGCUGCUUGUUAUGCAGCAUCUGCAGUGGGAUAUUUAACUGGAAGGCCAGGCAUUUGCCUUGCAGUCUCUGGCCCAGGUCUUUUACACACACUAGGAGGAAUGGCAAAUGCAAACAUGAAUUGCUGGCCUUUAAUUGUCCUUGCAGGAUCCUCUGACCGAAAUCAGGAAACAAUGGGUGCAUUUCAGGAAUUUCCACAGGUUGAGGCGUGUCGGCUUUACAGCAAAUUUUCAUCUAGACCAAACAGUUUGGAAGCUAUACCUGCCAUUAUAGAAAAGGCAGUUAGAAGCAGCAUCUAUGGCCGUCCAGGAGCUUGUUAUGUUGAUAUUCCUGGAGAUAUGGUGACGUCAACAAUCCGGAGUGAAUUACUGAGAACUGUUCCUUGUUGUCUCCGUGCUCCAGUGGCCAUGGCAGAACCUCAAGUAGUAAAAGAAGCAGCUUUGAUCAUUAGAAGUGCCAAGAGGCCGCUUGUUAUUGUUGGCAAAGGUGCAGCCUAUUCUCGUGCUGAAGAUAACAUCAAGAAGCUUAUAAACUCGUGUGGACUACCAUUUCUGCCUACUCCAAUGGGGAAAGGUGUGGUACCUGACAACCAUCACAACUGUGUCUCUGCUGCCAGGUCUAGAGCUUUGCAGAACGCAGAUGUGAUUCUGCUGCUGGGAGCCAGGUUAAACUGGAUUUUACAUUUCGGGCAUCCACCAAGGUUUCGUGCUGAUGUAAAAAUCAUACAGGUUGAUCUAUGUGCUGAAGAACUAGGAAAUAAUGUGAAGCCCGUUGCUGCCUUACUCGGUGAUGUGAAUGCUGUGGUCGAACAGUUAUUGGAGUGCUUCAGGAUUAACCCUUGGACUUACCCAUCCAACUCUGAGUGGUGGCUUCGCCUAAAGGAGAAAAUGAAAGACAAUGAAGAAGAAUCCAAGGCUUUGGCUGCACAGAAAACCCUGCCCAUGAAUUAUUACACUGUGUUCCACAACAUCCAAGCAGUGCUACCAGAAGAUUGUAUUAUAGUCAGCGAGGGUGCCAAUACCAUGGACAUUGGACGUACAGUGUUGCAAAACUACCUGCCUAGGCACAGAUUGGAUGCUGGCACCUUCGGCACCAUGGGUGUAGGUCUAGGUUUUGCUGUAGCUGCAGCACUGAUUGCCAAGGAUGAGAGUCCCCGUCAGCGGGUUAUCUGUAUUGAAGGAGACAGUGCCUUUGGCUUUUCUGGCAUGGAAGUGGAGACUAUAUGCAGGUACCGUUUGCCAAUAGUGGUAAUUGUAGUAAACAAUAACGGAAUUUACAGUGGAGUGGACGAGGACACAUGGAAAGAGCUGGCAGAAGCAGGGGAUGCUGCAAUUGUAGCUCCACCCAUCUCUCUCUCACCUAAUGCUCACUAUGAGCAGGUCAUGACUGCAUUUGGUGGAAAAGGCUACUUUGUACAAACACCAGAGGAGCUGCAAAAGGCACUUACUGCAUGUUUAGCAGACCAGAAACUACCAUCACUUAUUAAUGUGAUGAUUGACCCAUCAUCUGAUAGAAAGAAACAAGAUUUUACUUGGCUGACUCGUUCCAAUAUGUGACUGGAAUAAAUGGCAAAACCAAAGCAGAGUAAGCCAGGCUAACUGGAAGACAUAUGUUAGUGACAUCAUUUUGCGUACCAAUUUGCAAGGUGAAAUUUUGGCAAGAUUGGAUGCUUAUAUUCUUUAAAGAAAAUGUGAUUACUGUUGAUUCUGAAUUUGCUGAACUUGGGAUGGACCACAAGAAUAAAUUAACUUUAUACUGCUACUAAGGUUGUGAUCAUGAAAGUUUCUGAAGCAGAGAGGUUGGCAAUAAUCUUUUGUCUUGCCAAAGAGGAAAGUAGGUUUAGAUUGCUGGACGAUAGACCAGAGUCAAUAUGGGAAGUAGUAAAGAUGUUAUAAUUCCAUUGUAAAAUUAUAUAAAUAACUGUAAAACACUGCCAUUAACUACAACCAGAAAAUAAUCUUAUACAAUGUUUAGACUAAUACCUGUAACUAAUACUGCAUUUUUUUUCUCUUAACUUCUAUUACAAAAUGAAGCACACCUUUCUGUUUACAUGAUAUUCCAGCAUAAUGUAGUUGGGAAAUUGUACUUCAUAGAAAUAAAAACAUAUAUGAUUUUAAGUUCCA